UUCCAACUGUAAUGAAAAGAAAAAAAAGAGAAAAAUAGAAAAAAGACACACUCUCUCACACACUCAUCAUCGACAAAAUGUAUCAAGAUCGUCAAGGCGUUAUAGGCGGCGGUGGCGGAUCCACGCCACACGGCAUCAUACUCGCCGUCGUUGUGGCAUUGGUAGUGUUCGUUCCCUUCUUCCUCGGAGACGGCGGAGAAGCCAUCACAGAAGGGAUCGCAGAGCUUCUAAGUCCGGUGGGACUUCUCUUGCUCCCCAUCCUGCUUCUCCUCACCAUUCAGUUCCUCUCGUCCGAGCGCGGUUCCUUCGUGUCCGCCAUUUUCUCCACCGGAGAGCCAGAGUCCAUUCACAGGGUUAGCGGAUCUCCUGUCGGCGUCGCGCUGUUCCUAGUUCUGAUCUUGUUCUUGCUCUACAACCGCUUCUCCAUCUUUGGUGGAGGGGAUGAUUCCGACGACUGAAACGACGUCGUAUCUUCAGAUCUGUAGUUUUUUUUUUUUAAUUUUAUUUCGAAAACAGUUAAUGGAUUAUUAAUAUAUUUAUUCGAUUUUGUGUCUUUUUAUUUAUUUUUUAUUUUCUUUUGAUUUAUUUAACGGUUGAAGUCAACUAUACAGCGGUUUGAUU